GUUUGGGUUGAAAAAGACCAAGAAAUAAUGAUGUAUCCAGAUCCUGAUGAAACAACAGCACGAAAUGCAGUUAUUGCAUUAAGACAAGCAAGAGCUCAAAAUAAUACAUUGGCUAUGUCUGUUGUUUCUUUAGGUUUCAGUGCUAGAAUUUCAGAUGCAUUAGAACUAACAUCAAAGAAUGUGUGCCACCAAGAAAUUUUAGGUGCUAUUGUUCUUUCAGCAACAAACAAAUUAUAUAUAUGGGGUGCUAAAAACAUAAAUGGCACUAGUCAAAAAACAGACAAUAGCUUAAACACAAUUUGUGCUUUUUUAGAACAUACAAAAGCACAAAAUCUAAAUGUAGUAGCUAUAGUAACCGACAGUGCAUCAUCUUAUGCCUCGGCACGACGCAAAAUACAAUUAGAAAGGCCAGAUCUUGUGUUCCUGCCAUGCUUUGUACAUCAGGCCAAUCUUUGCAUUGGUGAUAUUUUCAGAUGUUCAUCAGAAUACAAAUGUACAGCAGACAUAACAUUUUGGAAAAAUGUUGAUGAGCUUGCCGAUUGUUUGCUGCUAUUUUAUGAGGAUGAAACUGGUGGAUUUGCAGUUAUAUUCAAUCUACAAUUUCAAGUUCAUGCUUUAUCAAGCCAAUUUAAUAAUACUCUUGAAGCGAUUUCAGAAGAACAUAAUAUACAAGGUAAGAUGGCAAAUAAUAUAGUUAGGCUUGCACUACUGCGGUAUUGGGAGUUCGCUGCACUUAAUCUAAAAGAAAUCAGCAUGGUUGCACAAAGGCUGUUCAGCAUUAAAGUCAAUUCAGCUCCAUGUGAACGACUUUUUUUUCGCAUGGGGUGGUUUUAUACUUCUCAACGAUGUCGCUUUAAG